AUGCCUCUAGUUGUUCUGCAGCUGUUGCUGCUAGUCAUCUGUACCGUGGUGAGUGUGACUUUAGCGACUCCGCCUAAUUAUGGAGGUUAUCGCGGUGGGGGUCCCGGCAAUAGUGAGGAAAACUACGGACCCCCCCAACCCUACGAGUUCAGCUACAACGCCGAGGAUGCCGAAAGCUCACAUGGACACAGCCAAAACUUCGAUGGCACCACUGUUCGUGGACACUACAUGAUCCAGAUGGCUGAUGGAACCAUGCGUAGGGUGGAGUAUCACGCCGAUGAAAGUGGUUUUCACGCGAAAGUUGUUACGAAUGAGCUUGGCACCGAAUCGGGAAACCCGGCCGACGUCAUCUUCGAAUCGUCGGCUCUUACUGGCGAAGAGGCCGCGCGCCAAUAUGCCCCUGAAGCAGGUGGCAAACGUAGAAAGGCUGCUGGUGGCGAUAGCGGUAGCUGGAAUUAAGCAUCCGUUACGACCUACCUGUCGUUACAAGUAAUGCGAUGGCAAUAACGUUGCGUAAACAACUGCCAUGUCAGGCGCGCACUCAUUAUUACAGUGUACAAUAGUCUUCCCUGUCUUUGAGUUUGCCCCUGUUACCUUGCAGUUGUCAUGGUGCAUUAUUUAUUGGUGAGGCAUCAUUCGCUUUACAAACGUCGGAUCUUUUCUUUCGAUACUGCGACCUACUACCCUACGUUCAGUGUAUACACAACGUCAUAUGGCGUUAGUUUCUAACUCUAGUCUUAUAUAAUAGAGUUCUAAUAUCAUCAGACGUAUGCGCGGGAAAGGUGGCUGCGUAUUUAUUUUAAUAGUCCUUAAAUGGGUGGCCUAAUGCUAGAAUUCGUCCAGGCAGAAACAUGUGGCAGGUUUAUAGCUAUUUAGGUUAGCAAAACGGCUGUUUACCGCAUUGCCUUACGUUUGUAAGUUUGAAGCUGUAAUAAUGUAAUAGCGAAGAAGAAUAAACUCACAGGUACGUAGAGUUA